AUGGUCUACGAACCGGUCAUCCUCAGCGUUUUCCUCUUCAUCGCGCUGCUGACGUACAUCUUUAUGGGUGGAUGGUUUUGCAUUUGCUCCAGUAGUACUACUCUCUGACUGUAGCUGCACUAAGUACUUGAUGUAUUAAACUUGCACUACUUGUAAUUAUAUAUAUAUAUAAUUAGAACCGCCCGCGUUUACGACCGCGGAAUUGCUUGCAAUUGCUAGUUGUAACUAAUGUCCACUUCUUGUAAUAGAAUUGACGUAGUUUAUCCGAAUUCUGUGCUACUUGUAAUGUGCGUCCCCUUGAGGGCCUUGUGUGAUUAUGACUGAUUCUUUUCGGCAAGGCGCCUUUUUCCUCUCACCCAUCUUCAUCUCCCUCUACGGCCGACUAGAGCUGAGAAUAGUAAAAAAAGGAGAAGCCGCCCUUCUGGAUACUGCUGAAUAUGACACCAGUCUCAUUCGCAGGGCUAUGGAGACCUUCGAUUUGCUGACAUCAUUAAGGCUGCUGCAAAUGCAUCCUCAACUAGCGUAAAUACUAAGUAACAGGAACUAUUUGAAUUCGUAUUUUCCUCAACGACUCUUUGUAUUUUCCUUGGUGUAAAUACUAAGUAACAAGAACUAUUUGAAUUCGUAUUUUCCUCAACGACUCUUUGUAUUUUCCUUGGUGUAAAUAGUAAGUAACAAGAACUAUCUAAAUAUUUGAAUUUGUAUUUCCCUCAGCAACUAUUUCUUGUAUUUUGCUUGGUGUAAAUAGUAAGUAAGGCCAGGAAUCAUGCUCACGAGAAUGCGAAGCUGGUAGCUCUAACAUGAGAGUUCGACUCCACUCUAGCACGCGCAGAUAAGCAAGCAAAGGUGCCUGUGAAACAAAAGUGGCAGCCUUACAUUGCCCAGCAAAGGGAGAAAUUUAUGGAAGAUGAGGCUUUUUGUUCAGCCUGAAUGGUCUCAGAGAUGAAUAUAAGAAGUGAGUAUUUUGUUGAGGAGUCAGCACUACGAGUGGAAUUAGUUGUAGCAGUAUCUCGUUUCUAAUUGCAACACUGGUAUAUGUCAGUCAUUGGAAGAAACGUUGGCAGCUCACUCUGCGUCGGAGACCGAUCCGAGACUUGGAAAAUUGAAGACCACGUUGCAGAACUAUAUGGACGCUCAGGAACAGCAAAUCGAAGUCCGAUCCACGACGUCAAUGUCACCAGAAGACUCUUCGAGUAUUAAGGGUCAUGUUCUUUCCAUUUCGUUCUUAAGUAUAAGUAUUUUUUAUUUGGUAAACGUAAAGGGGUUAAGUAUAAGUAUUUUUUAUUUGGUAAACAAGAUCGUUAAAUCAAUGCCUUACACUCUUUGGCUUUAAAGUUAUUUGGUAAACAAGGGCGUCUUUCAUUACUACAAGCUUAGUUUUGAGUUAUUGUUAACAAAGUUACCUCCAAUAGAGCAAGCUGCUAUUUGGUAAAGCAAAACCGAACAACCGAAGAACUGAAAGAUAGAAAUUAUAUUAGAAACAUACGGGCGACAAGGACAACCUGAAAUCUUCAAUGCUGAUAUUAUUUAAAAGCAAGCUCCUAGUACGUGGGACAUGAUAGAAAGUAAACUAUUGUUCUCCAUCCUGAUCCUCAUCCCCGAGCCCGACCCCAACCACCCACUUUCAUGGCACGCAAGAGCAGCAAGUCCUCCGAUGCGAAGGUCGUGUUGGAGCAUGCCCAAAGGUGUGCAGAUUUGGAAGUGAAUAUUGCGUUAUUACUUCGUGCUCUUGUAGGACAGGAUGAUAGGGAGAAAGCUUGGUUGCAGCCUGUGCUUUGAAUGCGCUAUUUUGCGGAGAAAAAGGCGAACAUGGCGUCACCGAACGCAAAUGAGUUCUGUUCGAAAAGUGGACUAGUAAAUACACGUCAGCUUCAGUCGUAGCUACAAGAUUAACAAGAUUCUUAGAACACCCUAAAAUUAUUGAUGCGGAUGCUUACCAGCGGAUCUGAGGUAGAAGUUGUGUCUGUAAUUGUUCGAUACUUGAUGAAUACUUGCUGAAGACCGUCCGAUAUCCAACGAAAAUGUUUUUUUUUUUGUAUCCCCAUCUUUAUAUUAAUAAAGCUAUAUGAAAAAUGAACGUACAACUACCCGUCGUCGUCACGCGCUUGAUUUUGCCCAGCCACUUGUUGAAAUAUCAAAUCUCCCUAAAAGAAUCGAACUGUUCAAUGAGUAAAUAAAGAUCAAGAAAGCAAAUGUGUUGAGUUUCGAGCACAACUCUAGACCAGCAUUGAAGACCCUUUCCCUGUACAAAUUGGGUUCUGAAAAGAACGAGAGAAAACCGUCGUGUGCU